GACCAAACAUCCUGUAUAAUCCCUAAUUAAUCUCACUGUGGCUAUAACAGAGGGGCUCAGGAACUAAACAUCCACCUGGAAUCCUUAUUCCCUCAGGGUAACCACUGCGCACGCUAUUUUUAACCAACUGUGUACGACUCGACACUUGUUCAGUCCCAACCACGCCGCCAACAAGGGGCUACAUUGUUGCCGCCGCCUCCAAUGGUUUAACGUGCUCCAUCUCUGUGAAUGAUCGUGAUCACAUGUGCAAGGUGAACUACCAAACUGGUACAGCCAGCUCAAAUAAAUUGAUUUGGAAUUGAUCACGUUUAUUUAAUUUGGAUAUAACAAGGGAAGAAAAUGUCAAGAAGAAAACAGGCCAAUCCAGCUAAAUUAGGAGAUGAGGAUUAUUCCGAGUUAGCAGAUGGUAUAUCAAGGGCUGACGAAAACAUCGAAACACUCCUGAGAAUAGGAACUUUCGCUGCCAGCAAUGUAACACAGUGCAGGGCUUGCACAAGGCACACAAGGAGCCAAAGUUCUUCACCGCCACCAAUAAAGAGGGACAAAGUUGAUAUACAGAGGAGCUUCUCUGACGGCGAGACGUCGAGGUUUGAGGAACCUUAUGAGUGUGGUGUUUGUUAUCUGAAAUUUUCAAGAUCUACAGCACUUGAUGUGCAUAUGCAGAGUCAUACCGAUCGUCUUCAAUUCACUUGUUCUUAUUGUCCGAGACUCUUCAAACACAAACGAUCUAGAGACAGACAUACAAAGCUGCAUACUGGUGAUAAAAAGUAUAAAUGUUCAAGUUGUAAUUCAGCUUUUUCAAGAAGCGACCACUUAAAGAUACAUAUGAGGACGCAUGAUAGUAAAAAACCUUUCAGAUGCGAAACAUGCAAUAGAGGUUACAAUUCGGCAGCAGCUCUCUCAACGCAUCUGCAAAUUCAUACAAAAUUGGAAACAAGUUCAGGAAGCCGCACUAGCAGAAGUACGCCAAGUCCAAGUGCUAACAUGGAGAGUUUAAUCAAACAGGAAUUUCCACAAGACCCCUCUAACUUCACACCAUUGAGUGCCGUUGCAAUUCCGGUCAAAGUGGGGUGUUAUAUAUGUUCUAGAGAGUUCACUUCGUUAGAAAGAUUACAUGCUCACAUAUGUGCAAGUCACACUAACGAUAGACGAAAUGGAACUCCGAAUUCGUCCUCUUCAGCACCAGUUGCAUCUAGUUCAUCUCAUCCAGGAAACGGUUUGGUAAACAAUAAUUCGAGGGAAUCAUUUUUAUAUUCAAUGAGAAACACAAGCUCCCGCCCUUGUACAAUAACAAGGCCUAGGGUGCAAGAGUAUCGAACUCAAACAGAACCAACAGAUUUAACCACCAAGAUAGAAAACGAAAACGGCACGACUGUUUUAAAAAGAAGAAGAACUUCGGACGGGAUGGUUUCGUCCCCCUAUGGUAGGCAUGCUCAUCUUCAAACCUGUAUUUGUCCAAGUUGUGGCUCGCCACAUCCGAACUUUCAUAGUUUCAUCCGACACAUGGAAACUCAUAUAACAAGACUAAACAACCAUUUAAUCGUUUGUCCAGCUUGUGGGGAAACCAGUGAAACAGUUGAGGCAUAUGCUACCCAUUGUUUCGACCAUUACAUCGUACAGUCCACUGGUUUUUGCUGUACCAUCUGUAGAAUAGUAUUUCAGACAGAGGAGGAAAGUGUCACCCAUUAUCAAGAAACUCACGUUAUAUCUUUGUUCAGAUGCAUCGUUUGCGGUGAAGUCCUUGAGAACAAUAUGGCUCUGCAGAUACACUAUGGCAGGCAUCAUAAGGCUUACUGCAGUCACUCUACUUGCAAACUCUGCCCGAAUUUGAUCUUUCAGGACAGGUUAUCUGUUCAAUUCCACAUUUCCAUGGUCCAUUUCAAGCAGUGCUUCAGGAACCAAAUCACCAACGAGCAAGACCAAAGUUACACAUCUGAAAAUAAUAUAUACCAUCAAUCUUCCCAAGCGUUACCAGCUUCAUCUCUAACUCCUCAGCCAUUAGCCCAACAAUCUUCCAUAUCCUCCAGUGUUCUAUAUGCUAACUUAGAUUCUACAGAGGGCACAUAUCAGAGGACACCUCCGAAAACCUUCACUUGUGAUAUUUGUAACCUUACAGAAAUAACUUCGGAGGCCGAAUUGCAUUCUCAUAAGAAACUUCAACACUCCAAGUCCAAGGUUAGAUCUCUUAGUUUACAGUGUGCUUACUGUAAAGAAUCCUUCAAGUCGAGAAGCGAGUUGGAGAAUCACAUGAAAAGCCACCAAGUGGUGUAUGGAAAAGGCAAACAUAAAUGCAACAUUUGCGACGCAAUAUUUCCUUCGUCUGUCACAUUGGCAGAUCACAAAUUGACACAUUGCAAAAUAAUAGAGGGCAGCAUCUGCGUCCAAUGUAAGGGUGGUCUUAAGGACGAGCAAUCAUUUUACGACCACCAAUUGCUGCAUGCGACUAGCCCUUCUAAAAAUAAAUCACAAAUUUGUUUUCCUGCAAACUGUGUAAUCUGCUGCCAAACCUUGCAGAACACCAUCGAGCUGAAUAACCACGCCACUUUCCAUCUGAAGCAUUUGUUGCGAAAACAUAUUUGCACUAUUUGCAAUGACACCUUCGAGGCUCCAAAUAAACAAAAUGGCGAACGGAAAAAAGAAAUAUUCAACCAUUUGCUGUCAAUCUGUCCGAAGUGUACGACUGAGGAAGAUCCAAGGUAUGCUGCUAUAAGAGAAGCCGAAGCCAAAGAAUCUGGAGGAAAGACUAUCAGUGAAUGAAAUGAUGGAAUGGUAAUAAUAUAAAAUUUAAGAUUUUCGCAGUCAUCGUAGGGAUUAUUUUAUUAUUUACUAGUUUCUUUUCAUCUUGAAUUUAUGUUGAUUCAUUUCACCAACGUAUUAUCAACUCAUGGAAAUCACUUCAUGAUUUAUACCAAAUUAAAACUCAUCAAAAUCAAUUUUUAUAUAAAACCAAGUUAAAUUAUAAUUUUCACGAGGAAAAUAGAGCUAGAAGAAUAUGGGAAAGCGUACACUUCCAUAGCUCAUGAUAAACUGUUGUGAACAUAUAAUCUUUGUACCUUUUAUAUAUGUUAUUCUUAUAUCAAUUAAUUUUAGUUGUGAAUGAAUGAUUAUAACUGCGAUCUUCAAUACCGAAACUAAUUUAUAGUUUACUGAUCUCUAUACACAAAUUUAUGUUGAUCGAUCAAAUUAAAAAUGACCUAUAAUAGUGAUAUAGAAUGUAGAGCUGAAAAUUUCCCCAAAGACUGUCAGGAGUAUUUCCUCCCGUGAAUGUUGCGAUCGAGAGUUUUUUCAUUAAUCCUCAUAAAAAAUAUGCAUUUGUUGAUCAGUAUAGAUUUCUGGAAAUCUCUAGGAAAAAUUCAGCUUGAAAUUUCCUAUAAAGGAUUACCUCUACAAAUCCCAAAGAAUAUGUAUGCAUAAUAGGACUGAUAUGAGAGACUUAAACUUUAUCACCAUAUUGAUUAGUUGUUAAUUUGAAAUGAUUAUACCCAAUUCAAUCUUAUUCCCGAUAUGUUCGGAAUAUGUGAUUGAAGCAUGAUGAAAUGGUCACUCCACCAUAAAAAAUAAUUAUGGUUGUAGAGUUCACAAUGUUUUAAUUAAACUUUGUUCGAUCACCUAAAUUACUUGACAGAAAUAUGUCUAUUUUCACAUAAAUUGUUGAUUUUUAUGUCAUUUUUCAUUGAAAUAAUUAUUAUUUAGUAUUAAGGCUUUUACUAAAAGUUAAUUUUUAUGAGAAACUUAUACUGCCGUCCAAAAAUUUCCUGUUAUUGAUUUAUAAGUGUUGAUUUAUUUAGCAGGUUCAUGAAAGGGGUCAUAAUUUUUUAUAAUAUAAAAAAAAUAUUCAUGGAAGCUGUGAGAGAUAGUGGUAAUUUCCCUCAUUAAACGUACUUCUUCAUGAAUCUGUUGUAUAUUUAGAUAAGGCUUUCAAUUUGGUUGAUCUACUCAACUUUUAUAUCCAAAUAUUUUCUUGUUUCAACGAAUAUAAUCAGUUAUUCAACCAAGAGAAUAUUAUUUAUUGCCAUAAUUUUUAUACUCAUGAUGGAUCAUUUCAAAUAGUAAAAAAACAGUAAUCCUUUUCCACAUAUUUAAAUUUUGAACAUGCUUGGUUUCCUAUUUAUUUCCAAUUUAUAGAUUCAAAAUAUGAGUUUUCACCCUUCAAAAUUCAAAGAUCAAUGGGUUAUAAUCCAUAUAUUAUUAUUUUUAUAGAUAUAAAUAGGAUUCAUAUUUUACAAGUUUGGCCCUCGCAGACAGAUGGAUAUCGAAAUUUUGGAUUUAAAAUUUUACAGAAUUAAAAAAUGAAUAUUUUAUAAGAGAUAUUGAUCGGAAAAUCGAACACGUUGACUUGUGUUGCCAUCUGUUCUUGAGAAUUCGAACUUCGAAUUCAAAAAGGAAACUGGCUUGAUCGCUUCGGUCACAAUAUAAUUUAUAUAUGUAUUGAUUUUGCAGAAAUAAUAUACAAUGAAACUGAAUUCUAUAAAAAAAUGAAUUGAGUAUAAAAAUUCAAAAUGCGGCAAUAAAAUAAUAAUGAGAAUUUUUAAUUAAUUUUAUAUGAAAAGAAUAAGAAUAUGAAAUGUCAUGUUAAGAAACAUAGAAAGUAACCUAUGUAAUCAAACCGGUUAGAGGUUUGUUGGAAGUUGGUGAGAAGUGAUGACGAUUUAUAAAAUGCUUAAGAUUUUCUUAUUAGUUAUUUCAUCAAUUUUGAUAGCUAAUGCCCAAUUACAGAUUGAACAUGCCCAAUUACAGAUUGAGCAUGCCCAAGUACAGAUUGAGCCUAAGCUUGUUAACAAAAAUGUAGAACGAUCUAUUGACUUGACAUCCCAGUUGGUUAAAAUUACAGCAACGAUAA